UCUUUAACUGAUCGCUCGCGCCGAUGAUUUAAUUUUUAAGUUUAAACGCAGACACAAAAAGAAGCCACCGAGUGUAGCAACUAAACGAUACUCACAUUACCCACACCAUAAAAAAAAUAUAUCGCGAUACAUAAAUAAAAUAAAAUACUUGCAGAUGUGCGAAUGUCUUUUGAAACUUUGCAACCAAUUUGAAUAACGAACACAACAAUAAUCAAUCGAAGUGAAUUUUUUGUAUGAUUAAUUGCAACGAAAGUAAAAUCGAAAAAUUUGUAGGAAAACAAAACAGCGCGUGCGGCAACGAAGCAAAAACAUAAAAAUAAAUUAAUAUCUAUGCUUAUUAUACUACAUGUCUCUGCAUAUGUGCGAGUGUGUAUGUGUGUGUGCGUGAGUAAUAACUGAGAGAACUAGCGAGCGAUCUAACAACGAAAAAGCAAACGAAAAGAAAAAAUUACGCGAACAAACCACAACUAUAAAAAUAACAAAAAAAAACACAACGAGAGUGCGCAGCCGAAUAAUAAGCGCAAAGCAACAAACCAAAAAUAGACAACGCCAAGCGGAAAAAGAAUCAGCAGCAGAAGCAGCAGCUAAUGCAACUGCAGCCGACGUCAGCGUCAACGCGUAUGUGCCAAGCAUAAUUAAACGAGACACGACGCAGCGUAUUCUAGUAUAAAGUAAAUGAUUAUACACACACAUAUGCAAUCAUAUCUCUAUACGAAUCACAACAACACAAACAACUACAACGACCCAGAGGAAGACAAUCAACGAAGACGACGACAACAACAACUACAAUAACAACAAGCAAAAGCAAGCAAGCGAAUAUCCAUAACGACGAUUCUUUAAUCUCUGCCGAACUAGACAGAGAGUGCGAAGGAGACAGAGCGCAAUUAGCAGGCAAGCAAAGCAAAGCAAAGCAAGAGAGUGCGAAUAGCAACGAAAACUCCCUGAAUAAAAAUUAUAAGAAAUAUUUAACUAUUAUUGGAUUGACAUAUUAUUUGCAUUAAAAGACCACGCUAAUACCGAUUAAGCGGAGGAUUACAAUUUGUCUUGCAACAAAAUAAAGGAAACGAGAUUACGAAAAAAAAAGAACUAAACUUAGUUAAUUGUAUUAAAAAAGAAAAAGCAAAAACAAAACAAAUGAAAAAACAAGAAUUGUGAUAUGUACAACUUUACUCAAAUAUUGAAAAAACAUAUAUAGAGCUUAUAUUCUGAACUAAACGGAACAUAAGUCGAAAAAGCAACAUUUUUAUAAGCAUAUAAAAAAAAAGAAAGAAGAAAACCAAAGAUUAGGUUUUUCAAUUAGUUGUAACCAAUAAGAAGAAAACAGAAGCAGAAAAGCAGCACAAUGGCAGAGAAAGUGGAAAUCUCAGCAGCUACAUUUAAUAAUAAUAAUCAACAGAACGAUGCUCGCAAGGUGCGCAAAUCUCCCGAUUUUCAACCCAUGAUGCCCGGUGUUAUAUCCAGAGAACGCAGUUUUGUGCGCACCUCAAAUCAACAGAAUAUUAAUAAGAGACGCAGUCUGGCGUUCAAUGUGCCUGGAAAUCAGGCUGGACAGAUGCGUGGCAAGCCAGCAAUGGAUAUUUACAGACCGCCAAAUGUUCGUGGCUGUGAGCUGGCCACAAGUGUCUCAAAUGGUGGUGGCGGCGGUGCAAGUGUUGCAAGUGUUGGUGGUGGUAUUGGGGGUGGUGGCAAUAAGCUGAAUAUUAAUGCACAGGAGUUCACAAUGACGCCACCGCCGAGCGCCGAGGCACUUGAGAAUAAUCGUUCGUCCCUCAUCUUCCCACAACAAUAUGUGACAACAGCGACAGCUGCUGGACAACACAACACACAAAAUGCCGCCAUCCUCAACAGACGUCAGGCGGGUCUCUCCCUGGGCAAUAUGUCAUCGCUGAGCAGUUUGAGUGGACGUCAUCGCUCCAUUCUGGUCACGCAUCCCAUUAGCCCGCUGGGCGGACAACUUCCGCUCAUGAAUUCCCCAUCCAGCGGCAACAUACUCCACUCCACAAAUCGCGUCAAGUUCGCACCGGAGCCGAGGGCGCAAAAGCCGCAGACGCAGUACGUCAAUAGCAAUGGGCAGCAGCACUACAACAGCAAUGGACAACAGCACUAUCAGCUGAAUGGCCUCGAUCCCUACUUGAAUGGCAACGCUUUGCAGCGCUCCAAGUCGCUUUCCUCCGCCGAUGCCUUGACUAGGGGCAUGGCCGGCUUGGGUCUGGGAUUGGGCAAUGAGGUGGCCGACAUCGGUCAGUUUACCCCCGAGAUACAGGCGCUGAUUGACACCGCCCUGGAGGAUCCGAAUAAGUUGAAUUCACGCUGCCUCAUGGAGUUGACGUCGCAGUUCAUCAAGCGUGCCGUGGAGAGUCGUCGCUUUGCGUUGCCCAUCUCCCGAUUGUGCCUCAACAUUAUCGCCAAGGAGCAGAAGGAGACGUUCCUGGAGGCCUUGCUCAACACGUGCCGUCAGUGGUAUCAGGAGCGUGAGAAGUUGCUGUUUGCCAUACAGGGCAUGAAGUCACCGUCGCGUGUCCGCUUCACGGCUUUCAUGGCAUUUCUCACGGAAAUGUUCUGCCAGCUGAAACGCCGCCAGCUCCAGCUGCGAACCCACAGCGAGGGAACGCCGCCGCCUCUGGUGCUGCUCAGUUUGCUCUCCAAAUGCUGCGAGGAUUGCGUGCGACCACCUGUGCGUUCUCUAUCCGAGAUCGAAUGCCUGUUCUAUGUGCUCACCUGCAUUGGCCAGGACAUGGAGCAACAGCUGCCACAGCAACUGGAGCUGCUCAUGUCCUUGGUGCGCGAUGCGUUCCUCAAUGCCGGUGAUGCUGCUGCUGCGAUACGUCGCACUCUGCUCCAGCUGAUCGAACUGAAGGCCUCGCAUUGGCAACUACCGGGCAAUACGGUGCUCUAUUACACCCAUACCAACAAUUAAAAGAGAAGAAGAAGAAGAGGCGAUGGGAAAUACAUAUCAUCGGGAUGCAAUUUGUGGCAAUCUGAAAAAGCAGACAUUAUUAUUGUGUGGUCGAAUUGCAUUUAGGCAUUUGUCCUCAUGCAAGCAACGCAACUAUUUAUCGUACUCCCCGAGUACACAAUAUAGACAAUAAGCAAUAUUUAUUUUUUGGCAACACUAGAUACAUAAUAGCAUGACUAACCCAAGGCAGAAAUACACACGUAUACACAUAUACAUACAAAAAAAAACCCUUAAACUGACCCAAGUGAAAAAAGCUCAUCUAACCUCUCAUAGCGGAGUUCAUAACUCUGCUACAAUAAGGCUCAAUUUGUACUAUGUGAACCCGUAUUUACUAUUUAUGUGUAAUAAAAACUACGCUAGUCACAAAACACAA